GGACCAAUCACAUACAGCCUACGCUUUUAGUCAGCAGGGUCCGACGGACCGAGAGACCCAGCGCCGACUCUGAUUUUCCAGAAACGAUCCGCGACGGAAGUUCAGCGCGCGCAGGGCCCGCCUCCCUUUUCCUUCAGCAAGAGGCCUGAGACUAUCCCUCCCGCCCUCCCCGCCCCGUCCCUCCCCGCCCCGCCCUCCCCUCGCCCUCCCUGCCCAUCCCGCCCCUUUCACCCCAUUUCAGCUGCGGCUACACCAUCUGGACAGCAGCAAGCUCUGAAGCUUUGCUCUGGUCAACAUUGCAGCUCGGCGUUGGAAGGGCCCGCCUUCAUCACGCAGCUGUGCUCGCUGGGUAACUGCAAGGAAGAAGUAUGUCGGAUAAAGAAGGUAGCGCUCCGCCAGCGGAGCAAGUAGAGCAGCAGCCUGAGGCUGAGGAGAAGCCGGCCGAGGAGCCGGCCAAGGAGGAGGCUGCCCCUGCGGACGCACCGGACCUGAACGGCGACGCGCUCCCACCCCCGCCGCCUGUACCAGCGAGCAGCAAGGGCCAGGAGCGGGAGCGCUCACGGGAACGCAGCAGUGCAAAGCGCCGCAGCCGGUCGCGGGAGCGGAGCACCAAGCGGGCCUCGCGCUCGCGCAGCGGGUCGAGGGAGCGCCGGCGGAAGGACCGCUCCCGGUCGCGGGAGCGCGUCGUCAAGGAGCGCUCCCGCUCGCGCGAGCGCCGGCGCCGCAGCAGCCGCGAGCGCAGCGCCCGCUCGCGCUCGCGGUCUCGGGAUCGCGCCCGCCGCUCGCGCUCGCGCGACCGCACCCGGCGCUCCCGCUCGCGGGACCGUGCCCGCCGCGACAGCCGCGAGCGCAGCCCCGCUGCAGCCAACAUCCCCGGCCUCGGCGGCCCGCUGCCGCCGCCGCCACCGCUGCCCUCCGGCGGCCUGCCCGCGCCGCCGCCCCUGGCCGGCGCUAACCUGGCCGCGCUGCAGGCGCAGCAAGCGCAGCAGGCGCUCCAGGCGCAGCUGCAGGCGCAGCAGGCCCUGCAGGCCCAGCAGGCGCUGCAGGCGCAGGUGCAGCUUCUGACGGCGCAGGCCAACAGCGCCGCGGCGCUGGGCGACCGCCGCGCUCGCGAGAUUUUUGUGGGCAACCUCAACCGCGGCCUGGUGUCGGCGGAGAUGCUGCGUGAGCUCUUCAACGCCGUGCUCGCCAACAUGGUGCCCGACCCCAUGGUGAACCCGCCCGUCAUCACCGCGCGUCUGGACGCCAGCGGCAAGUACGGAUUCGUGGAGCUGCGCAGCCCGGAGCUGGCGGCAGCUGCCACGCAGCUGCACAAGAUGGAGCUGUGCGGCAAGCCCAUGACGGUGGAGCGCGCCAAGGGCUACCAGGACCCGGCGGCCAAUGCGGCGGCCAUCCAGAAGCUGGCGGCGGCGCAGGCAUUUGCCCAGACGAUAGGCGGCGUCCCAGGUGCGGUGCCGGGCCUCAUGCCGGGCGCCGUGCCGGGCAUGGUCGCUGGCGGCGUCGCGGCCAUGCCGGCGGCGGCGGCGGUGCCGGGCGCGCCGGCGGGCGCGACCACCGUGGUGCUGCUGGAGAACGUGAUGAACGUGGGCUCGGUCCGCGUGGACGCCGAGCGGCGGGAGCUGCAGACGGACGUGUACCAGGAGGCCAGCAAGUUCGGAAACCUGACCGGCAUCACCAUCCCCGUGCCGCCGCCCACCGUGUCCGACAGCGAGGCGUGCCGCGUGUACCUCAAGUACGCCUCGCCGCUGGACGCGCAGCGCUGCCAGCAGACCAUGGACGGGCGCAUGUUCGACGAGAACAAGGUCCGCGCCGUGUACGUGAGCGAGGCCGACUUCUUCCGGGCUCAGGCGGGAGAGUGGCUGCCGCGUGUGCCGUAGGCGGCGGCGGCGUGUUGUGCAGCUGGUUGCGGCAGCGCGGGAAGGGCAAAGCAUUUGGGAAAGCAGUGGGUGGAAGCCCUCGGUUGCAGUGGAUGUUGCAUGAGGGCCUCUUGGCCUCUUGGGCGGUGUUUUGGCAUAUGCGGUUGCAAUCGUGCAUCAUGACGGAUGACGCGCUUGGCUUAUAGUGCCGCAACGUGCAUACGGACGGUCUCGGGACCUCGGACGGAUUGUACAGUUACACAAGCCACGUGCAGCUGCAAGCAACCCACAAUCGCUUGACGAGCAUGGCCGGGGCUGGCCGGGGCUGUCCGAGGGUGUCCGUUGGACGACCAAAGAGGGUCUCAGCCAGGAGAGGAGAGCUGUAACUACCGGCACGA